UGGCUUAUUGUCGCCAUUGUUGUCCCCUCCUCUUAAAUUUCUUAACCCCUCCCCUGGCUUAGCCUGGGGAAGAGGUACUACUGGUUCUAGAAAAAUUUCUGCAGUUUACUUCUGACCAGCAACCUGUCGAGUCUGAUAGAUUUUACCAUAACCUAUACCAAAGAAUUGAUUUUUCAGAUUUUUUGGUUAAUCAAAUCUUAAUUUUGUUUUGGGAAACACGUCAACAUGACGUCCAUUUUGUUUGGUAACCCGAAGAUGAUUUUGCCGUACGAGUGGAUUCCGGGAAAUCUUGAAGAUGAACCGAUGACGAUCGCAUCAAAAAUGAUUUUGUUUCGAGGCGAAAAAGUUUUCCGUGUGGGUUUGAAGAAUCACGAAAUGAAUCCCGUUUUGUUCUUCAUGUCGAUUGAUCUCGGAAAAAUCGGGAUGAAAGUGGACGGCAUAAAAUUCGGAUUUCAAGAAAAUGUAACGAUGAAGAAAAUGACGAAUCAUGAGUUCGGCAAAGUAGGAAAUCUGCAGCUAUUCACCAUGACAUUUCCCAAGAAGUUAAUUGGAAAUCGCACGUUUGUGUUUCGAAUUUGCAUCGUAGAAACUGAUCCCGGCUAUUCCUAUCAACUAUCCGAUCGUCUGGCCAAGGAUCAAUUAUGGGCUGCUCUAAUAAUUCAAAAACAUCUAGCGGACGUUGAAUUUGUCGUGAAGGACAAGAUAUUUCCUGCGCACAAAGCCAUUCUUGCUGCCCGUAGUCGAGUAUUUGCAGCCGAAUUCGAGAAGAAACAACCGGGAAGAAAUGGUCUUCAACAGAUCCGAAUAGAACCCAGAGCGGAACCUUCUACUGUGUUGAAUUUUCUUCACUUCAUCUACACGGGAGAAUCGAUUGGAACAUUUGCAGAUGAAGAAUUGCUCAAGUUAGCUGAUCGUUAUCAACUUAAAAUUCUGUCUAGUUUAUGUCAACAUGCUUUGAAGAAAACAGAUGCCAUGCAAAUGGCGAAAGUCACCAAUUAUUUAAACAGCAAUCCCGAAGAACUUUACUCUUCCAAAAUUAUGCCAGAGGAAGAAACGGAAAUAAUGUUUGAUCGAACGAAGCCUACCUUCCGAUGCCCUUGGCUAUUGAAGAAAUCUGAAAAUGGCCAAACCACAAGUGUAAUGCAGUAUCUAAAUGAGAAUAUUUUUACUGCUUACUUCACUGAAAAAAAAGAAAUUGAUUCACAAUCUAAACAAGAAGGAAUUAGUAAACCUGUGAUUCAUUUAACAUGCGCCAAGCAUCGCAGCUUUGGUCUGAAAGUUGAAGAUAUUUACUGCCUCAUGCAGGAAUCGGGCUCGCUGGGAUAUAAUCGAUGGUUUAAAAUGGAACCGAAAUAUCAUCAGAAAAACGAAGAAUUACUUCACUUCACCCUACAAGCUCUUUCGGGUUUUAGUAAAGGAAAUCUUCAAUUCCGAGUCUACUUCCACAUCAACACCACCAGCAUGAUUGGCAACUAUUACUACGAGAUGAUGGACGAAUCUUGGUCUACUGAAUUUUGGUUGGCAGCAACCAACCGGAAGUUGACGGAUGUCGAAAUAUUUGUCGGAACUGUUAAAGUGAUGGAAGCCCAUCGAGUUAUCCUAUGCGCUCGUAGUCCUGUCAUUAAUGAGUGUUUUAACAAGAUCAAAAUCACAGAAUCAUAUGUCUUCACUUUCAGGGCGGAAUUCGAUGUCGAAGUUGUCGAGAAUUUCCUAAAUUUCCUUUACACCGGAUCGUUAAAAACUACUGACGGCAGCCAACAACUUAGCAGAUUGGCUACUAUGUACCAAGUGGAGACAUUGAAGAAUGUGUGUCAGUUACUCAAUCGCUUACAAGAUGUUGAAGAACUGAGCGACUCUCUUAUUCAGCUAGAACCAUUGGAUGAGAUGCCGUAAUUAUGUUAUUAAAUAUGAUACAACAUGUGUUAUGUAUUUAUGUCGUUUUAAUACAUAAUUCUUUGUAAAA